GCAUUGAGGUGAGAGAGGUGGGUGUCGAAGCACCAGCUGUAGAGCGGUGGCGUACGCAGCCGAGAAGCGCUGCGAGAGACAAACCGGGUCUGUGAGCAUAGGCUGCUUCAAGGCAGUGCGCGUGCGCAUAAAGAAAAAAAGGGGACGGUGGCGCUUACGACUGGUUGCGCAUGUGCAUUUGUACCAACGAGGCUAGAGAAUGAUACGGCGUGCGACUUAAUAGGUGCGUCAGCGCUGUGCGCCUGUGCAGCCGCAAAGGGAGGCGGGAGGAAGCGAGUGCGUUUUCCUCUUAGGCGGCGCCAUUUUGUACUCAGAGCCGCCACAGCUGGGGGCAGUGAGUGUAGGAGGUUCCGGAGCGAGCCUGGAAGUCGCGGAAGCGAGGAUGGCAGAACCUGUGACCGGGUCGGGCGACCCUGCCUUUGGUCAGGUCGCCUCGGAUAGUGGGAUGCGGCGGCUUAGCGACCUGCGGGUGAUCGACCUGAGGGCGGAGCUGAAGAAGCGGAACCUGGAUACAGGAGGCAACAAGAGUGUGUUGAUGGAGCGGCUGAAGAAGGCAUUUAAGGAGGAAGGACAAGAACCAGAGGAGGUCGGUAUCAGCUGGGGAUCUGCGAGCAAGAGGCCUAUAAAGAGAAACACCAAAGGACCCAAGAUGGAGGAGGAGGGCAGUGAGGACAACGGCCUGGAGGAAGAUUCCAGAGAUGGGCAGGAUAGGGUUGUGAUUCUUCAGAGUUCACAAGACAGGGACACCAUGGAUACAGGUGUGCCAGAUGGGAUGGAUGCUGAGGACCUCAGUGUGCCCUGCCUGGGGAAGGCCGACACCAACGACCAGAUUCUUCAUGCCUUAGAUGACAGUAAAGAGUACGUGGCCGCGCAGCUGGGACAGCUUCCAGCUCAGCUCCUGAAGCAUGCUGUAAAUGAGGAUGUCUUCAAGAACACUCUGGAAGUUUCCAUGUCAGACCUUAAAGUAACUCUGGCUGAAGAAGAAACCCCCUUGGAACCAGAAAAUGAGAAAAUACUCGACAUUUUGGGGGAAACUUGUAAAUCUGAGCCAGUAAAAGAAGAAGGUUCGGAGCUGGAGCAGCCCUUUGCCCAGGCCACGAGUAGCGUGGGGCCAGACAGGAAGCUGGCGGAGGAAGAGGACCUAUUUGAGAGCUGCGGCCACCCGGAAGAGGAAGAGGAAGAGGAGGAAGAAGAACAGGAAGAGGAGCAGGAGGAGGAGGGAGAUUUAGCUUUGGCCAGCAGCAGCAAGUCUGAGUCUCCAAGCACUCAGUGUCAGUGGAGUGAGGCAGACGCCCCGUUAGCAGUAGUGAAAAGGGAGCCGGCAGAGGCGCCGGGUGGAGGUGGAGGUACUCGGCACAGGCGGAAGCGCAAGCGAAGGCGGAAGCAUCAGGCACAGGCAGAAGCCCUGGGCACAGGUGGAGGUGCCGGGAUGGACCGCGAGCCUGUAGGGCUAGAGGAGCCAGUUGAACAGAGUAGCACGGCUGCCCAGCUCCCGGAGGCCACCAGCCAGGAGCUGGUGCGAGCGCCCACGGCAGCCCUGAGCCCUGAGCCCCAAGAUAGCAAAGACGACGUGAAGAAGUUUGCUUUUGACGCUUGUAAUGACGUCCCUGCGGCUCCUAAAGAGUCCUCAGCCAGUGAGGGCGCUGAUCAGAAAAUGAGCUCUGUUAAGGAAGAACAAGAUAUAAAGCCAGUCAUUAAAGAUGAGAGAGGUCGUGCCAGCUGUAGCUCAGGAAGGAACCUGUGGGUCAGUGGGCUGUCCUCCAGCACACGUGCUGCUGAUCUCAAGAGCCUCUUCAGCAAGCAUGGGAAGGUCAUCGGAGCCAAGGUGGUCACCAAUGCCCGUAGUCCUGGGGCUCGGUGCUAUGGAUUUGUGACCAUGUCCACAUCAGAUGAGGCCACCAAAUGCAUUACCCACCUACACAGAACUGAACUGCAUGGGAGGAUGAUCUCUGUGGAGAAGGCCAAAAAUGAACCCUCUGAGAAGAAGUCGGCAGACAGGAGAGCUUGUGACCAAAAGGAGAAGGUGCCAGGGCCGGACAGACCUCACCCUGUGAAGAUCAAGAUGGAGAAGUACAGUGACGUUGCGGCCCUGUCCUCUAGGGACCCAGUGCCCUUAACUGUGAUCAAGAAGGAAGAGAAACUGGAAAAGGAGGAGAAAGGGCCAGAAGACAUAAAAAAGGAGAAGGAUCAAGAUGAGCUCACACCAGGAGCUGCCAGUCAUUCUCGAGUCACCAAAUCAGGAAGCAGAGGCAUGGAGCGCACAGUCGUGAUGGACAAGUCCAAGGGCGAGCCCGUCAUCAGUGUGAAGGCCACAAGCAGGUCAAAGGACAGACAGAGCUCCAAAAGUCAAGACCGAAAGUCAGAGGGCAGGGAGAAGAGAGACAUACUGUCAUUCGACAAGAUCAAGGAACAGCGGGAGCGGGAGCGCCAGAGGCAGAGGGAGCGUGAAAUCCGGGAGACGGAGCGACGACGGGAGCGGGAGCAGCGAGAGCGGGAGCAGCGUCUGGAUGCCUUCCAGGAGCGGCGGGAGAAGGCUCGCUUGCAACGAGAACGGCUGCAGCUCCAGUGCCAGCGGCAGCGGCUGGAGAGGGAGCGGCUGGAGCGAGAGCGGCUGGAGCGAGAGCGCAUGCGCGUGGAACGUGAAAGGCGAAAGGAACAGCAGCGCAUUAUGCGUGAGCGGGAGGAGCUGCGGCGGCAGCAAGAGCAGCUACGAGCUGAGCAGGAACGGCGGGCACUGCGAAGACCCUAUGACCUGGAUGCUAGGAGAGACGAUGGCUACUGGCCAGAAGGGAAGCGUGCAGCCAUAGAGGACAGAUACCGAGACUUUCCACAGCCAGAUCACCGUUUUCAUGACUUCGACCACCGGGAACGUGGACAUUACCAGGAGCAUGUCAUAGACAGGAGGGAUGGGUCCAGACCCAGAGUGGAGGAGCGGGAUGAGCAGUAUUACCCAAAUGACGAGCACAGCCAUGGAAGGCUCCUGGAGCACCAUGGUUGGGAUGCCCGAGACAGCUGGCAUGGCUACAGCUCUGACGAGAAGUUGAAUGAAGGCCAAGGGCUGCCCCCUCCUCCCAGGGUCAGCCGAGAGUGGGCAGAGCACACCUCGCAGUUGGAGGAGCAGCAGGUUCCUGUCUGGCACAGCGCUGUGGACACAAACAUGACGGGCCAUGAGCACAUACGGUGGCGAGGUGCUGAGCGGGGCCUUGCAGGACCUGGGCAUGGGCAUGUGGCAGCAGGCCGGGGUGGCAUGGCUGGGCAAGCCUUUGCACAUGGUGGACAUUCCCAGGGCCAUAUUGUGCCCAGUGGUAGACUGGAAGGUGGUGGCGUGCCCAGCCAGGACCAGGGUGGCCGAGUCCCCAACCCCCAUCCUCACCCCCACUUCAUCCGCCGCUACUGAACCCUGCUCUGGACCAAACCCUGCUGCUGCAAGUAGGCAGAGACUGCAGCCCCAGCCACCUCCCACUUGUGGCACCGCCAGCAGUCACAGGUUCUGCCAAGUGUCGAUGUGAACUCACUUUCCUGGUGUUUUUAAUAAACACAGUCCUGUUCUGCCGUUUGUAAGA